UUGUUUUUUUUUUUAUUCCUUUUUGACCCGCAAAAAAUUCUUAAUUCAAUCACUGUUCUUUGUGCUAGCAUANUUUUUUUUUUUUUUUUUAAUAAGUUUAUAUACACACACUGAGAAACGAAAUGAUUUGUUCUUUAUUUUUGUCAGAUUCGUGUAAAAGCGUCUGAGAUUGAUUAAAAAAUAUAAAAAUUAAUUUUGAUUACAGAUCUGUUAUAGAUUCCCGUAUUCUAGUGCAAAGAGAAGGGAAGUUGUCGGAGAAAGAAGGGAAGGUAUCCGAUGAUUCUUCUUAAGUUCUUCACAUAUAAUAAUGAAGUGGAUCUGUUUUUUACUCACUCACUAUUUUCUCAGUUGGUAAAUACAAAAAAACCUGAGAGAUUUUCUCGGGAAACGAGUCCUCUGUUUUUUUUCUUUUCCCUUCUCUGUUCUCUCUAUUUGCCGACGAAUUUGUGUGUUUUUUUUUUUGUUCUUGAGAAUUCUUGAUUUUGCGACUUCUUGUCUUCAGGUCACAUAGUUUUAUUUUGACAACAUGAUUCAAAUGGACGGUGGAGAUAGGCUUAGAGUGACGUUAUUAGACCGUAUGUCAACGGUUGAGAAUGGUCGGAGCUCAAUGACUCUUGAAGAUAUUCUGAUGGCUGAAACGAGUGGUUUCCGUUCGCUUACUGCGCCGUCGUCUCCGGCGAGGAACCACUCCAAUGGUAGUUUACUUGACGUGAUGAGAAGAGAGCGCCGCCGGGAUAAAACCGCUUGGAAAUCAUUCCGGGAUAAGCUCCGUCUCAAACGCACCUCUACUGGUUGGAUCUCGUCUAAUAAUCCUAUCCCUACAUUGGAUAGUCCUAUCCCUAAUCUGAAUAGUGAGAGUCAUCGAUUAAACCGUCUUGGAGGACUUCUCUCUAACUCCGAGAUUGACCGGAGCAGUGGUGACGUUAGGAACGGCGGAGAUGAGGCGGUGGAGAGAGAAGGAAGGCGCCGGUUAGGUACCGUGUUGGCGGCAGAUAGAGAGGAAAUGCAGCCGCCGAGGAUGUCUCUAAUGGAGUUGUUGGAGGAUAAUGAUGGACAAAUGUAUGAUGUCUGCGGCGAGAGAGAAGCGGUUGAGGUGGAGGCGGAAGGGGAGGGAAGAAAUGGUUGUGGAGGAGGAGAGGCGGUGGGGGUGACGGCGACGGCGGAGUUGAGUUGUUGCGUGUGUAUGAUAAGGAGUAAAGGUGCGGCUUUUAUACCGUGUGGACAUACGUUUUGCAGAUUGUGUUCGAGAGAGCUUUGGGUACAGAGAGGAAACUGUCCGUUAUGUAACACUACCAUUUUACAAGUUCUUGAUAUUUUCUAGGUUAGCUUUUCUUGUGCUGCUGUUGUAUAUUAUUAUUCAGGUGUUUCUAUUGUUAUCUUCACUUGUUUGUUUGUGAAUCUCAAACGAUGAACCUUCACAACAAUGCUCAUUUAGAAGCCGAAGAGAAGAUUAAGCUCC